AUGCUUCCCUCCAUCGAGGAGAAGGCCGUCAGGAAGGCUGAGAAGCGAAGGUUCAGACCUCCCAUCGUGUGUCUUGCUUUCUCCUCGGCAUCUGCAGAGGCGCUCACAAUGGUCCUGAAGACUGUCGGCUGGCAGUCAAGAGACGUGCUUUAUGAGAAGAGCGAUAUCUUCUGGGUCUCAACGUUAGAUCAGCUCUUGACAAGGUUGAAAUGCAUCAGCAACAGACAAGUUUGCUCCAGGAUACCAGGGAUGUACAUGCUGUGCGACAAGUGCCCCUUCUCCAAGAUGAUGGGGAGAGGGAGGAGCAUAUUUCGGUCCUUGUAUGACUUCUACCCCGAGUCGUGGCUGCUCCCUGACGACCUCAAGGCCCUGAGCAGCGCCUGCACCUCGACCAAGGAGUUCUCCAUCAUCGUGAAGCCAAACUCGGGCUCGCAAGGGGACGGGAUCUUCCUAGUGUCCAGCUACGAGGACCUCGUGAAGCGGAUCUCCUCCGCGCCGGAAAGAGAUCUGAUAGCUCAGAGAUACAUCGAUCGCCCCUUGCUGCUCGACGGCCUCAAGUUCGACCUCAGGGUGUACGUGCUGAUCAGAUCCAUAGAGCCGCUGGACGUCUGGAUCUGCCACGAGGGCCUGGCACGGUUCUGCACGGACAAGUAUCAUUUGCCCAACGCCAGAAACCUGAGCAAAGUGACGAGCCACCUGACCAACUACAGUCUCAACAAGCUGAGCGAUCGAUUCGUCCGACCUGACAACUCCCACAUGGAGCUGCAGAGUGACGGGGAGGCCGCGACUGGGGAGUGGGGGGAGGAACAGGAGAGGAACGCCUCCAAAAGGUCGAUCAGCUACGUCUUCCAAGAGAUCUCCAGGCUGGGGUACAACACGGAGUCGAUAUGGGAACAGAUCCAUGACCUGGUACAGCAGACCUGUCUCCUCCUCCGGCCCUCCUUGUGUGAGAGUAUCUACGAGCUCAAGGCAAGGGACCCAGGCUUGGCAGGGACCUCUUACUCCGGGGGGCCGAGCUGCUUCCACCUGCUGGGGUUUGACAUCAUGCUGGAUGAGAAGUGCAAGCCGUGGCUGCUGGAGAUGAACUGCAGCCCCAGGGUCGGCAUCGACGACAUCGAGGUGGUUGCCAAGGGGACAGAGGCCGAGGGCGUCAAGGUCUGCAGGUGCAUGGAGCACCACAGGCCUCACGUGCACUUCAUCUCUGAGGUGGAUAGGAGAGUGAAGCUGCAAGCUCUGGGCGGAGCUCUGCUGCUGGUCAGUGAAGGGUUCAAGAACUCCAAGGUACUUUCCCACGGGUUCCGCGCAGACAGCAAGAAGCACCAGGAGCUCCUCUCGCAGUACAAGCAGGUAGACAGUCCUCUUGCUCUGCUCGCGGUCGCAGCUGACAUGCUGAGCUUCAAGAUCUGUGGAGAAGGAGUGGAAGUUCAGCACAAGGAGCUUGCGCUCAUUGACCGGCUACACUCGCUGUACAUCAAGGUGUCAGGGUGUAAGAGGAAGAUGGACAGCAGCCGUCUCCGUUUUCUCGUCAAGGAACUCGGGCUGCCGCAGAAGGAAGUUCGGAACGCUCAGCUGACUAUCGACUCCAUCUCUCUGCGAGCAAGGGCCAAGAAGGCGGGACUGACUGGGUUUGACGACUUUCUUGAUAUUCUUAUCGCCCUCGGCCGAUCGCUGUAUCCCUCCCUCAGCACCUUCGAUGCGCUUACGGAAGUUUGUCGUUCUGUUUGA